CUGCAUUCUUAUAGCUUGCUUGAAACAAGCUUCCAAAAAGUUUGGAGGGGAUGAGAAGCAGCCAAAGCUUCGUUUGAUUGCUGAUGAGAACAGUGGGGGUUUUCCAAAUGCAAAGAAUAAUGGAAUGACCAAUACACGUUGUGAAAGCAAGCGCAAAAUGAAAGCUCCAAGUUUGGUUGCUAGGCUCAUGGGUUUGGAAAUGAUGCCAGCAGGAUAAGGCAGUAAGCCCCAAAAGGCUUCAGCUUCAGAAACUUGGAGCAAUGUGGCAGACAAACUUGUGCUCGAGCUGGCGGAUCUGAUAAAGAAGAUAUGGAUUUUGAGAUGGCCGAAAUAAAGAGUUCAGAACCAGGUUUGCAAAGGUUUAGAGCUAAAUGUGCUCUCACUUAUCCUACUAGAUAUUUUUCUCCUUUGGAAGAUGAAGCAGAUUUAGUUGGGAAUUCACUUGAUCACCAUUCAACUGACAGCUACCUCUCCAGCAGUCCCAAUAGUAGCUCAAAGGACAAAGUGCUUGCUGAAUCAGUGGACUCUGUUGAUGAUGAACCACUCUUUCCAGAACCUGAUAGAGAUCUUUCGGAUUGUGAGACCUCAUUAUCCACCAGGAGGAGUUGCAGAGAACUGAUUCAUAACGUUUCUGGAGUGCUCAGCAAGAUUGAUCAGUUAAAAGGAAGGAAACUCAGCUACGUAAAAUAGGUCAUUUUGAAUGUUGAACUCAUAUUUGGAACUACACCUCAACAGCAGGCUCUACCUGUAGAGGAUGGGUUCUCUGUGAGCCAUUUUCUCCUCAAUGAACAUGAAAUGUUUGCGAGUUUUCUGUGGAUGGCUUUCGGUGAGUUGCUUGGCUGUAAUGACCCAAAACAGAUGAAUCAGCUUAAAGGAUUCGCCUUUGAUUGUCUAUUAGAGUACCUAGACUCAAAAUUUUCUCCAAUCUCUGAUUCUGGUUUCAGAACCUGUACCGAACUACCAUCAAGUAUGACCAAAGAGAUUCUGAUUGCUGAUAUUAUUGAUGGGGUCGAAGAGUGGACACAAUUAGUUGGUUUGAUCCCAGACGAGCUAAUAGAAUGGGAUAUGAGCCAUUCUUUGGGUAAAUGUACGGACUUCGAGAUUGAAGAAUAUGAAUGUGGCACUGAAGUUGCUAGGCAUAAUCUCCAAGAAUUAGUAGAUGAAGUUGUUUUAGACCUCUAUAGUUCUAGCUAAAUUUGGUGGAACUGUUAGUAGCUCCUCUUUUUGAGACUUUGUUGCAAGCC